AUGGACAAGUUCAUACACACGCCACUCGUGAAGCGCACCUGUGCCAAGUGUUCAUGGAAGUGCUCAUGCAACAAUUCAUACGCCCUGUUCUGGAGUCAGCAGGGCGACAGCAUCAAUGUCCUGUGGGCAAUCUCUCUCAAUGAUGAUGAUGAGUUUUGGAGCAUUGAAGUGGCGCCUGCACUUCUGGCCAAUCUUGAACACUGGCGAUCCAAGCACAAGAAGAACAACGCGCUCAGAUGGUGGUUUCCACUCCACAUCAAAGACAGUGCCAAACUCAAGGAGCCCAUGAAGGCCACGCGCUACAACAUGAAGCCCAUGUUUGUGUGA